UUUGGCGACAGGUUGAUUUAGAGUACACAUUUUGACAUGAUACGGUAUCGGAUGUGAGUUUAAAUACUUUAAGGACUUAAGUGUUAAAAAUGGAUCCAGGGUUUAAUUUAAAGUAUGAGAAUCCUGUUAGGAAAGCCAAUUUCUUCUCAAAAUCAUUGUUCAUAUGGAUGAUAAGAUUGUUCAGAAAAGGCUCAAGUAAAGGCCUUGAAGUGCAAGAUUUGUACAAAACAUUACCAACAGAUCAAUCAGACCAUCUUGGAGAUGUUUUGGAGGGCAAUUGGAACAAAGAAUUAGCAAAGGCAAAGGCAAAAAACAAAAAACCUAGUCUUAUAAGAGCACUGGCCAAAACAUAUCUAGGCAACUACAUGUGGUGGGGUGUGGUUAUGUUUCUACAAUAUGCUAUAAUAAGACCUAUUCAGCCAAUGAUUUUGGCACAGUUAUUGAGGUUGUUCACGAGUUAUGCACCCAAAGAUAGUGGUGUUAUUAGAGAUAUGUAUCUCUAUGGUAGUGGUGUAGUAGGUUUUUCCGUGGUUCUUAUCUUUAUGCUACAUCACUCAAAUUAUGGUCAAACCAGAAUUGGUAUGAGGAUAAGAGUUGGGGUUUCAUCUUUGGUUUACAGAAAAUUAAUGAAACUGAACAAAUCAGCCCUUAAAAACACAGCUGCAGGUCAGGUUGUGAACCUCCUCUCCAACGAUGUAAACAGAUUUGAUUUGGUGGUCCUACAAAUGCACUUUUUGUGGAUAAUGCCUUUCCAGAUAGGUCUUGUGACCUUCUUUAUGUGGCAGGAAGUGGGCAUAUCAACGUUGGCUGGCGUAGUAAGCAUGGCACUCUUUACCAUACCUGGACAAGGUUAUCUCGGUAAAGUAACAUCAAAUCUGCGAAGAAAAAUCGCUUCGAAAACUGAUAGAAGAGUUGUACUUAUGAAUGAAGUUAUAUCAGGUAUACAAGUUAUUAAAAUGUAUGCUUGGGAAAAACCGUUCGAAAAGCUCAUCCACUGGGCGAGAAACACCGAAAUUAACACUUUAACCAAGUCGGCAUACCUACAAGGAAUCUAUAUGAGUUGCAUGGUGUUCAUAGAACGCACCACGUUGUUUUUGACAUGCGUUUGUUUCGUACUCACAGGAAAUGUCUUAACGGCAGACGUAGUUUUCUCAAUGGCGCAAUUCUUCAACAUACUUCAGAUGGCGAUGGCUAUAUUUUACCCAGCCGCUAUAACCUACGGUGCUGAAAGUUUGGUGGCUAUAAGACGUCUCGAGAAAUUUUUAUCCCUAGAUGAAAAGCAGGAAGCCGAUCUUAAACACACCAACGAUGGAAGCUUGGUUGUGUCAAACGUGGAUGCAGAGUGGGUGGAAGGAAACACCUCGUUAGAAAAUAUUUCCUUUACUGUACCUAAAGGAUCGUUAUGCGCUAUUAUAGGUCCUGUAGGUUCCGGAAAGACUACAAUGUUGCAGCUGUUUUUGGGAGAGUUGAUAGCAAAGACUGGCAAAAUUAGCAUUGGUGGUGAAAUAUCAUACUCAUCUCAAGAAGCCUGGCUUUUUGCAUCUUCUGUAAGAAACAACAUUCUAUUUGGUUUGGAGUAUAAUCAUCUACGAUAUAGACAAGUUAUUAAGGUUUGUGCCCUGGAAAAAGACUUCAAACAGUUCCCACAAGGCGAUAAAACCAUCGUAGGAGAAAGAGGUGUCUCUCUAAGUGGUGGUCAAAGAGCUAGAAUUAAUCUAGCUCGUGCUAUAUACAGACAAGCCGAUAUAUAUUUACUUGAUGAUCCAUUAUCAGCGGUUGAUACUCACGUUGGACGUCACCUAUUCGACGAAUGUAUAUCCAGACAUUUAACGGGCAAAACCAGGGUUUUAAUAACGCAUCAACUGCAGUACCUCAAAACGGCUGAUCAUAUUCUUGUUCUGGAUGAGGGAAGGAUCGCAGCUCAAGGAACGUUCGAGGAAUUAUCAGACAGCAAUUUGGACUUCACUAAGCUUCUAAUAGCUUCAGAUGAACAGCAAGAUAAACCUGAAGAACCCGUGGAAGAAAAAUCUUUGUCUAGAAGGAUGUCCAGAAGAAGUUCUGCCAUAUCAUGCUUGAGCUACAUCUCUGACAGCGUGGAAAUGGAGCUACAGGAAUCCAAAGCCGUGGAGGAGGAGGAAGUUAUAGGCGAUUUAUCACCAUUCAAAGAAUACUUCAAAGCAGCUGGUAGCACAUGUGCAUUAAUAUUACUUGUUAUAAUACUCAUAUUGGGUCAAACCGCGUCUUCUGGGGCUGAUUACUGGGUAACCUACUGGACCCAACAGGAAACCAUAAGGCACGCCAAUGGCAGCAUAUUAAAGGUAGACGAACCCAGUAUGGUUCUACUAAACAACACUAGUAACUCAACAACCAACAACUUUUUCUACCAGGCUGCAGACACAGUUUCAUCAUUUUUCGACAGCCUAUACGACACAUUUUUAAACGGAAACUUCAUGGAAGUUACCUCAAUGAAAACGAAUGUAGCCAUAUACAUUUACACCAUCUUUAUCAUCGGUUCUAUAGUUUUUACUUUGAUGAGAUCUUUCUUGUUCUUUAGCGUGUGCAUGAGGGCGUCGAGGAAUCUUCACAAAAAGAUGUUCAAUUGUUUGUUGAAGGCGCCGAUGAGGUUUUUCGAUACCAACCCCAGUGGAAGGGUUUUAAAUAGGUUUUCUAAGGAUAUGGGGGCUAUCGAUGAGUUGCUACCCAGGGUUAUGAUUGAAGCUCUACAAAUUACAUUGGUGAUGAUAGGUAUUUUGGUCAACGUAACCAUAUCAAAUCCGUAUGUUAUUAUAGCUAUGAUCGUAUUGGGUAUACUUUUUAUUUUCUUGAGGAAUUGGUACAUUGCCACAGCUAAGGCUAUCAAACAUAUUGAAGGAAUAACUAAAUCACCCAUGUUUUCCCAUGUUAACUCAUCUUUGAACGGUUUAACCACCAUAAGAGCUUCACAGGCACAACAAGCGCUUAUAAAUGAGUUUGAUCAUCACCAGGAUGUCCACACUUCUUCCUGGUUCCUGACAAUAACCUGUGUGGUGUCUUUUGGCCUAUGGUUGGACAUCAUAUGCGUAAUUUUUGUGGCCUGCGUUACCUACAGUUUUGUAUUUUUAGCUUCAACUACUGAAGUAAAUGGCAGUUUGGUAGGUCUUGCCAUAUCCCAAUCCUUGAUCCUAACGGGCAUGUUGCAACACGGCAUGCGUCAAACUGCCGAAGUUGUUAAUCAGCUUACAAGUGUCGAAAGGGUGUUGCAUUACACAAAAAUAGAUCAAGAAGGCCCCUUUGAAACUGAUGAGCAUAAAAGACCGUCCAAAUCCUGGCCCGAUAAAGGCGAUGUCAGGUUUAAAAAGCUGUAUCUGAAGUAUGUUGAAAGUGACCCCCCCGUUUUGAAGAACCUUAACAUAGAUAUCCAACCGGGAGAAAAAAUUGGUAUCGUUGGCAGGACUGGAGCAGGUAAAUCAUCCCUUAUUACGGCCCUGUUCAGACUGUCGCCAAUAGAAGGAAAUCUGAUAAUAGAUGGACUAGACACGAAAGAAAUCGGAUUAAGCGACUUGCGUAAAAAAAUAUCCAUCAUCCCUCAAGAACCAGUUUUGUUUUCCGCCACGUUAAGAUAUAAUUUGGACCCCUUCCAAGAAUAUGAGGAUGAUCAGCUAUGGAGAGCUUUAGAAGAGGUCGAAUUAAAAGAUGCAGCAUCAUCCCUUGACUUUCAGGUAUCAGAGGGUGGUAGUAAUUUCAGUUUAGGUCAGAGACAGUUAAUUUGCCUAGCUAGAGCAAUUCUACGUAAUAAUAAGGUUCUUGUUCUUGACGAAGCCACUGCAAAUGUAGACCCACAGACGGAUCAUUUAAUUCAAAAAACAAUACGAACCAAAUUUGCAAAUUGUACAGUACUUACCAUAGCCCACAGACUUAACACUAUAAUGGAUUCCGAUAAAGUCUUGGUUAUGGAAUCAGGCACAAUGGUGGAAUUCGACCAUCCUCAUUUGCUACUGCAAAAUCCCGAAGGGUACUUCCACAAAAUGGUUCUGGAAACUGGCCCCAGUAUGACUUUACAGCUUAAAGAUGUCGCGCAAGAAGCAUACGAAAAUAAAUUCGAAAUUGCGCAUUUUUAAAUCUACUUGUAAUCUUAUGAAUCCUUGUUAGUUGUUAAAUAUUUUAUUUUGUAAAUAUUACGUGUUUUUAUUACAAUAAAAUCCUUUUUAUCUUA